UCAGUACAUGACACAACGGGAACCUCCACAUCGAUUGUCAGUACAUGAACGUCAUGGGAACCUCCACAUCGAUUGUCAGUACAUGACACAACGGGAACCUCCACAUCGAUUGUCGUACAUGACGUCAUGGGAACCUCCACAUCGAUUGUCAGUACAUGACACAACGGGAACCUCCACAUCGAUUGUCAGUACAUGACACAACGGGAACCUCCACAUCGAUUGUCCGUACAUGACGUCAUGGGAACCUCCACAUCGAUUGUCAGUACGUGACACAACGGGAACCUCCACAUCGAUUGUCAGUACAUGACACAACGGGAACCUCCACAUCGA